AUGGUUUCUUUUGGCUCAUGGGUUACCGAUUUGAUCACUCUGGUGACCAUAGGGUCUGGCACCAACACCCGUGUGGACGACGCCGCCUCCCUUCAGGAAGACGGCAUCACCCAGCUAGAUGCCAUACCAGGCUUCCCAGAAGGUCCCUCCCCCAUACAGAUCAACACGCUGCAGCCAAUACGCUACGAUGCCAGGGCCCAUGUAAAGCGUUCCCACCUAGAAGAUUUUGAGGCCGUCAACGAGCAAUCCCUCUACUUGGGCCUCGAAGACGACCCCAUCGCAGAGGUCCAUGUCCGGAUAAAGAACGAGACCGAAGGGUUCGUCAACACGGGAUUCUUCGACAACCUCAUUGAGUCGAUGAGUGAUUUUCUGAUAUUUCGUUUCCGCCAAUACUUCAGAAACUACAAAGGCGACCUCGCCGUGUGUCGCAGAGAUAUCUUCCAGCGUAUUGUCGUUCUUAAUCAAUCGCAUCUGCUCCUCCUCGUCCGACCGUGGAAGGCAACUCAAAGCAUCUGGUACCACGUUCAGCUUUCCGGGAAUGUGGUAGACGUCUAUAUCGAACUGCGAUAG